AUGAUCCGCAAUCCAGUCAUCAGCGGCGCUGUUCUCGCCUUGUCCCUGGCAGCAGUCAGCAUCGCCCAGGAGAACUGGAACCAAAACCUGGUUCUUGCUGACUGUGGUAUCGGUACCAAUCCUGAGAAUGCCACCUGGUCUACCUCCCGACAGAUCAACUGGUAUCAUGAUGCCAUUUGGCCAACUUCGGAGGAAGUCAAUCCCAUUGCCCCCGAUCAAGCCGUCGAGAUGCCCUAUGGAGACGGCAAAUAUCCCUGGAACUUUGAAGGCGCCAGCGCCAUACUCCCCAAUGGCGAUCUUUGGUCAGUCUGGAUUAAUGAUGGCACUCCAGAGCCCGAGCGUGCCGGUCGAGCUUCCAGUCCCAAGAACGGCGGCACCGAGUUAUGGUGUUACACCUAUCGUAACCGGCCCAUCAGCACGGCCGUCUCCAACUCGAGCUCUAUUUGCGUGACAGCCUUCAUCUGCAACCACCUCGGAACUGGCCCGACUCCCUGGACGACCGCUCCUGGCGCGCCUGUUCAAAACCCUCCAUCUGCACCCCCCGGUGCUUCAGACUCUCCAGUGCCUCCAUCGCCUCCUGGUACUCCCGGUCCUCCACCGUCUCCAGCUCCUCCAGGACAGUCGGAACCUACUCCACCAAGCCCCCCACCACCUCCUUCGACCCCUCCUGCCGCGGAACUGCCCCCUAGCCCAACGAGUCCCAGUGCACCGGAAAAUGCGAGGAGUCUCAAAGUCAGCGUGGAUCUGAGUCCGAAACCAGCAGUAUGGCUCGGCACUGUCGACGCCUUUCUGAGCAGCAUCAAGGUUGCAGCGACCAACAUCUGCCAGCCCCUUCCAAUACCCAACGCCCUGGACUUCGCGUCAACGACACUUCCGACGACAUAUUUCAACUACCGCAAGAUUUCAAACUCAUCGCCACAGAUGAGGCUACUUCCCAAGUUCAAGCCUUCAUCAGCUGGGAGGUAG